AUGAAAAAGUCAAUAGUAACUCAAGAAGACUUGGAUUUCGUUGCGUGCGAGAGCGAUCGGUUCGAAAGUGAGAGAAUAAGGUGGAAGAACAAGCUGAUACAGCAAGCUGUAGCUCAGACAGAAGCAGAAUAUGAGAAUGAAAUAUCUAUAGUUAAAGAGGAGGAAAGAAAAAAAUUGAAAGAAGCGGAACGAAAACGUAACGAAAAAUAUGAACGCUUGAAAAAGUUCUAUGAUGAGCUCGCGUUGCAAUACGAAAGAGAGAGACGUAAAAGAGAGCAAGAGUUCCAAGCCGAACAAGCCAAGUGGAGUCGAGAGGCAGAGAAAUAUGAACGUGAACUUCAAGCAAAAAAACAAGCAGAAUUAAAUCGUAAACGAUUAGAAGAGGAGCAAAAGAGAAAACAAGCCCAAGCUGCAGCUCAUGCUCAAGAAGCUGCACUUGCUGAGGAAAAAAGAUUAAAGGAGAAGCAAAUAAAAGAAGCUGAAGCAGACAAAAGAAAUAAAGAAACUCAAAAAAUAGAAGCUGAGAAGAAAGCGCUUAAUAAACUUGUAUCAGAUAGUGCCUUGAAAGAGGAAGAAAAAUAUCGUCAAUAUCUAAAAGUAAUUAACGAUAAUAUAGCGAAGAAUACUCAGCUAAAAUCUCAAUCCUUGGAAUCAAGAAGAGCCAUAACUCUGGCGUUAAAUACUCUCACUAAUGAUAGGAUUAAAAUAAUUGAUAUAGCUACUCGGUUAGACAAAAUGCUCAAAAGUGUUCAAAAUAAUAAGCAACUUUAUUAUUUUCUUCUUAAUUUUACGGCAAAAGGCAUCGUGAAACAUGCAGAAGUUGAUGUAUUAUCCAAUGAGUCGGCGGCUUUUCCAUUUGCUCAUGUUUCUGUUUUACUUUCGACAGAGCAUCCUGAUUUUAUGGAUAAAUUAAUGAUGGUUCGCUUAGUGAAAAAGUGCCCAUAUGUAUUACCAAGAUAUUAUGUCAAACUUCCGAAUCAAAGUUUGAAUGAUUUUAGAAAACAAAUGGGUUACAAGCAUAACGAAGAUGAUGAAGCUUAUGUCAAUAGGAUGUGCGCGAUUUUAGCUUUGUAUUGUGCUAUAAUGCAAACUGUUCCGCUAAUUCCUGUAUUUAAAGAGCAAGGUGGUAAAUUAAUUCUCGUCGCUUGUAAAGCUUAUGUCCAACAACCUCCUCCAGAGAUCAAAACACUCUUAACAACUUCACCUGCUGCGAUGUCACGGUUGAGAACAUUUCUAGAAAAUGCAUUUCAGAAAGGAUUUACUGAACCUGAAGGAAGCAAUCCAAGAUAA